AUGGAACAACAGGAAGAUAGUAAUAACGUCGGGUAUCCCGAUUUCCCGCUACCAGCCACUACAGGAAGCAACAGUCCCUCUGGGUCAUUGGAUUCUAAUGCGUCUCUGUUCAAUGAUGAUGCUGCUGCUAGUUCUACGAGGGAAGAGGAUGACGCGUCUAAGAUGGAUAUUGACGAGGAUAGCGCACAACCAGUGGAUGAGCAAGCUUCCAUGGAAGAAAUUACCACCAAAUCUGAAGAUGAACAGAUGGAAUUGGAUCGUUCCUCUAAGGCAAUUGAUGAGGAGAAGCAAGAAAAUGAAGUUGAGCACAACAGUGACAACAGUGACAACGGCGGAGAAUCUGAAAAUCAGGAAGAUACUGAAGAGCGCUUACAAAAUAAUGAAGAACCAGAAAUUGCAAGUGACGAAAAUACUGAACAGAAGAAUGAUGACAAUGACGCUCAAGAGCAAAAAGAAGUCUUGGAUAAACAUUUAUCUUCAGAUUCCCAAGAUAGCCAACUGGAAAGUCAAUUGAUGGAAGAAGAAGCUGUUUCUCAAGAUAAUGCAUUGGAAAUCAUAUCUAAAGAUGAUAAAUUGGGUACUACAACCCCAGAUAGUACAACAAAAACCACCUUUGAAGAUGACACAUUGGAAAUUGAAAACAACACGUUGAACACUACAUCUGAACAGCACACAACGAAUAAUCCACCACAAGAUAAUACUCCUCAAGAUACCAAUCCUAAUGAUGACAAAACUAAAACGCCAGACUCAGGGUCCAACGGUAACGAUGUGGAUAUGAGUGAUUCUAAAAGCCUUCAACCAGAUGACAAUAAUGAAACUGCUCAAAAUGAUGAUGAUGAAGAUGAUGAGAAAAGUAUAACGAUCGAAAAAGAGCCCUUAGCUGUACCGCAACAUGACGAAGAAAAUUCACAACAAGACAGGGAAGAAGAGCCUGCACAACCACAAGAACAGGACGACCAAGAAGAUGGCGAACCUGUAGAUAAUAUAAUACCACAGGCACAUGAAAUUAUCAUUCCUAAUUAUGCUAGUUGGUUCAAUCUAAAGAAAAUACAUGGUAUUGAAAAGAAAUCAUUGCCAGAAUUUUUCACUAAUAGAAUACCAUCAAAGACCCCAGAAAUAUAUGUCAAAUACAGAAAUUUUAUGGUCAAUUCUUACAGAUUGAAUCCUAACGAAUAUUUUAGUGUGACGACCGCAAGAAGAAACAUUUCAGGUGAUGCUGCUGCAAUUUUCAGAGUACAUAAAUUUUUAAUGAAAUGGGGAUUAAUCAAUUACCAAGUGAAUUCAAAAAUUUUACCUAAAAACAUUGAACCACCAUUAACCAGUGAGUUUUCGACCAGACAUGAUGCACCAAGAGGUAUAUUCCCAUUCGAAAGUUACAAGCCUUCUGUACAAUUACCUGACAUGGCAAAACUUAAGAAGAUGAUGGAUACAGAUGAUCCAAAGAGUACGUUAUCCAAAUAUUUAAUUGAUAUGGAUAGAAAAAAACGUACCGUUGAACAAUUUGAGGAAAAACAAAAUAAUACAGUUGAAGCCAAUAAGGGUGAUAGUGCUAUCAAUGAAGAUAGCAAAGAACUUGAUCUAAAUAGAUCAGUGAAGAGACCAAAAAUUUUGACUGAAUCGAAAGGUGAUUGGGAAAGGGAAGAUUUGAAGAAAUUGUUAAAGGGUAUUAAGACAUAUGGGUCAGAUUGGUACAAGAUUGCCAAGGAAGUUGGUAAUAAGACUCCUGAGCAAUGUAUCUUGAAAUUUUUACAAUUACCAAUUGAAGAUAGCUUCUUAUAUCAUAAAUUCGAUGACGAAAACCAUAAACCCAAUAAAAUCAGUAUAAAUGAUUUAGGUCCAUUGAAAUAUGCUCCUCAUCUACCUUUCUCAAAAAGCGAAAAUCCUGUCUUAUCUACUAUUGCAUUUUUAAUAGGUCUUGUGGAUCCAAAAAUUGUUCAAAAAAUGACUGACCGUGCUCUAAGAGAUUUUAGCGAAGAACCCAAAGAAUCUUCUAAAGAAGAUUCAAACGGAUAUGCAGAGGAAGAUAAAGAUGAGAAAGCAAAUGAUGAGAAAGCAACCGAUGAAUAUCUAGACAUCAAAGUCGACAACGAUACAACUGAUGUUAAGGAAGCCUCUGAAGUGGCACUAGCGACUAUAGGAGUCCGUUCUCAUAUUUUUGCCACAAAUGAAGAAAAACAGAUGAACAAACUAACAAAUCAAUUGAUUCAAACCCAAUUAGAAAAAUUAGAGACGAAAUUGUCAAUUCUAAAUAAAUUUGAAAAGGCUUUUGAGUUCUCUGAAAAAUCUUUAGAGAGGAAGAAGGAAGAAUUUUUAAUUCAAAGAUUAUCUUUUGCUAAAAGUUCUAAAUCUCUUUUAGAAAAAUUUGAUAAAUCAUUAGAAUUUAUUGAUAAUGAGGACAAGAAGAAAGAAUUUUCCCAACAUUUGGGUGAUAUUAAAAGUUUACUGUCUCAGCCUUUAUCAUUAAGUUUUGGUCCAAAGUUCCGCUCAAAUAUUGAGUCAAACAAUGAUAAUAAUAAUUCACAAAAUAACAUCAAAACCGAAAAUGAUGUUAAGCCAAUAUCAUUAGAUGCUCCCCAAUUUUAUAGAUACUGGUCAGCAUAA